UGCUCGCGUACAAUUAAUCAAAAAUGUCCUUAUCCUUUUAGGUAGUUUUUAUAUCUUUGUAGCCAUUGAGUGUAACCAGUCUAGAUAAACCACGUGCGUCUUCCUUUUCAUCACGACACCGUCAUGGCACCAGCGAAAGUAGCCAAAGCAGCAACCAAACCCCGUUCAGGUGGUAAGGGCAAGAAAAAGAAGAUAUCAGUCAAAUACACACUAGACUGCACUCAUCCAGUUGAAGAUGGUAUUAUGGAUGUCGCAAGCUUUGAAAAGUUCUUGAACGAACGCAUCAAGGUAGAAGGCAAAACCAACAAUAUGGGAAACAAUGUUACCCUAGAGAGACAGAAGUCAAAGGUUAUCCUGAAUGCCGACAUCCCAUUCUCAAAGAGAUACCUUAAGUACCUUACCAAGAAGUACUUGAAGAAGAAUAACUUGAGAGAUUGGUUGAGAGUAGUAGCCUCUGCUAAGGACACUUACGAGCUCCGAUACUUCCAGAUCAACAAUGAGGACGAGGAAGAUGACGAGGCGGACGAGUAAAUAUUGGAACUUGGGUCUUCGCAACAUGUUACCAUGGACACUUGAAUUGUUUGUUAUAUUUUUACAUCAAUAAAAGUGUUGAUGACAUGAA